UCAAUUGGCUGAGCAUCGUCGAUGAACCCUUUAUAUUGUUACGAAAGUUUGCAUCAUAAUUAUCAAAAACAGAUCAAAGAUCUCAAGAACUUGAACAUUCAAGAGAUGGAGAAGCUUGUUUCAAGCUGGUUCAAUAAUAAAACCUUGCCCCAGUCUUACAUAUUUCCCCCUGAAACAAGGCCUGGGAACCACGUCAUUCCUAGAUGCAAUACCAUUCCGGUAGUUGACCUCAGCAAGGCGUUGGCUCAUGAACGAACUGCUGUAGUUCAACAGAUUUUGGAAGCUAGCCAAGAGUUCGGAUUUUUCCAGGUAAUUAACCAUGGAGUUUCAGAAAACCUGGUUAAUGACACCAUGAAUGUCUUCAAGGAGUUCUUCGAGUUGCCUUCUGAGGACAAGGCCGGAAUCUACUCUGAGGAUCUGAAAAGGCCUUGCAGGCUUUACACAAGCAGUCCAAACUAUAAUCGCGAAAAGGUUCACCUAUGGCGUGACAGUUUGAGACUCCCUUGUCAUCCUUUAAAAGAAUGCAUCAAAAUUUGGCCUCAAAAGCCAACUAGAUAUAAGGAAAUUGUGGCUGCAUAUUCAAUUGAGGCAAAGAAACUGGGUUUAAGGAUCCUGGAGUUGCUUUCUGAAGGCUUUGGGCUUGGUUCAGGGUUCUUUGGGGAUAAACUAAGUGAAUCAGCUGUACUAUUAUUGAACCAUUACCCGCCAUGCCCGGAUCCAAGCUUGACCCUUGGAGUAUCUAAACAUUGCGACCCUAACCUGUUAACUAUUUUACUUCAGGGAGAUGUGUAUGGGCUCCAAGUCCUCAAAGAUGGGGAAUGGAUUGGUGUUGAGCCUUUGCAUAAUGCAUUUGUGGUUAACAUAGGCCAUCAGUUGGAGAUUAUCAGUAACAACAAGCUGAAGAGUGCUGAACAUCGUGCCGUGACAAACUUGAAAGUUGCCCGAACGACAGCCGCCUUCUUUAUCAACCCAUCUGAUGAUUGCAUUAUAGAGCCUGCUAAAUCUCUUAUCGGCACCGAUGAGUCUCCGGUUUACAGGGCUUUCGAGUUCAAAGAGUUUUUGCUUAACUACAUAAACAUGGAGGGGAACUUUGAAAAAAGUGUGGAGCCUUUUAAAUUACAUGGUUGAUCAUUAAUUUCCAUAACUUUACCUCUUGUUAUUGAAUCAAACUGUACUUUAUAAUGAUUAUGGCAAAAUCACUUUACUUUGAAUUUGUUAGGGAAUGUAUUGGGUAACAAAAUCCCAAAAUAGUUACUAUUUAGGAUCAAAACAUAAACCCCCCACUGUUUAAGUGGUCAAUUGAUUAUGGUGUACAAGAAUAUAACAUUUCCACUUUUUUCUUUAA